AUGGAUAAGAGGUACAUACCAAUAGAUUUCCCUGAAGAUAUCAAAGAGCGUUAUGGUAGAAGACCGAUCCGCAAGCGUGCACCACCAUCAACACCAAAACUAAAAGUGUCCAUUAUCUCUCUGCCCAAAGAUCCUGAGCCGCCAGAUCCACCAAGUGAGUCUCCACUGCCUACAUUUUCCACAGAAGAAGAAGAGCCAUCAGAGGAGGUGGAUUCCUUAGCUAUGGAACGUGUGAGUCUCUGUCUUUGUGUGGAUUCACUUAGACUUAGGCUUAUUAUAAGUGGUACAGAGGAAGCUUAUUUUGGAUGGACGGCUCGUAAUUACGAAACGAGCAUGUUAGGAGCCGUGCCAAAGAAGGCAACGUUUGGUGCACUUGACUUAGGUGGCUCAUCAUCGCAGGUAACGUUUGAGAACGAGGAGAGGACGCAUAAUGAGACGAACCUGAAUCUAAGAAUUGGGUUUGUUAACCAUCAUCUUAGUGCUUAUUCGCUUGCGGGAUAUGGUCUUAACGAUGCGUUUGAAAGAUCUGUUGUUCAUCUUUUAAAGAGGCAGCCAGAUGUCAAUAAAAUGGAUUUGAUUGGAGGCAAGUUGGAAAUGAAACAGCCUUGCUUGAAUUCUGGAUACAAGGGACAGUAUAUAUGUUCUCAGUGUGUGCCCAGUGUUCGACGACAUAAGAAAGGGAAUACAUGGGUUCCUAUAAAGCUCGUAGGUGCUCCAAACUGGGGAGAGUGCAGCGCUCUUGCAAAAAUUGAUGUCAAUAGCUCUGAGUGGUCAAACACGAACCAUGGAGAUGAUUGUGAUUUGCAGCCUUGUCCUCUUCCUGAUGGUUACCCUCGUACUCAAGGUCAGUUCUAUGCUGUAUCAGGAUUCUUCGUGGUCAACCGGUUUUUCAAUUUAAGUGCUGAAGCUUCCCUUGAUGAUGCCUUGAAAAAGGGUAGAGAGUUUUGUGAAAAGGCUUGGGAAGUAGCUAGAACCAGUGUUUCUCCACAACCAUUUAUAGAACAGUACUGUUUUAGAGCACCGUACAUAGUCUCAUUGUUAAGAGAAGGUUUGUAUAUUACGAACAAGCAAAUCAUAAUUGGAUCUGGGAGUAUAACUUGGACACUGGGAGUAGCUAUUUUGGAAGCAGGGAAGGCUCUAUCUUCUACACCGGGACUAAGGAGCUAUGAGACUCUGAGCAUGAAGAUAAACCCAAUAGUUCUUAUAUCUGGUUUACUUGUCUCAUUGCUUCUGCUUCUCUGUGCACUAUCACGCGUGAGCAACUGUAUGCCAAGAUUCUUUAGAAAUUCAUAUCUCCCACUAUUUAGACACAAUAGUGCCUCCUUUAUCAUUCCGUCUCCCUUCAAUUUCCAGCGAUGGAGUUCUAUGAGCCCAUGGGUGAAGACACCGUUGAGUCCAACAGUGAGGAGUUGA